AUGGAGGACCUCAUCGACCAUCUACCUAAACUUCCUGAAAUACAACAACAAAAGCUCACUAUUCCUGAAUUCGAUGAAAUAGAAGUCAAAGCAACCGACUCGGUAGAAAUAAAGAAGUUCAUUCGUAAGGUAAACUAUGAGUUUCUUGGAUUUCAUUGCAACCACAAAGUCAUGGACAAAGACUGCGAUAUGGUAUAUAAGAACAUCUCUGACAUAUAUAAAUCUGAAGAAUUUAAGACCUACGACAACUUUGUUUCGUUAGUUGCUGAAUGUGUAUGGCAGAUAAGAGAUAAAGAUAGAAGAGGUAAAGUAUGGAACGAACAAAUAAAACCCGCAACUUUUGAGUUAAAGAAAACCAUUGACGCUAUAGUUGUACUUGCAGGUAAGGUUUCAGAAUAUAACGCAAAAAUGAACCCACAAUGUUCAAAAUGUAAAGCAGCAAUGAGGAAAUAUAACUACUCCGUCAAAGAGAUAGAACGUAUGCGAAACGACUAUGCAGACUUAAAGAAAGAAGCAGAAAAGCCAGCAGAAGAUAAAAUGGACAUGUUGACAUUUCUAAACAAAAACUAUCCAACAGCUGACGAUUUCCUUCUUUCAGAUGUCAAGAAGAAAUAUAAAGAUACAUUCAAUAUUGUGAAAACUUUUGACAUACUGACAGAAGAAAUAGAAGCCACAAAAUUGUUUAGAAUUUCAAAUAUACAUCGUACAAUUCAUGUAAAACGCUUGUGA